AUGGAUGAAUGGAAGAAGGGUACGACGGGGGCUCUUUCCGGCACACUCUUGGAUCUCAGGCACGAGCAGCCGUUCGCGGUCGACAAGAACCAGGCUUGGUGGGAGGGCGGUGGGCGAGGCCCCGGCGACAGUCGCGCCCAUAUGCAGCGAAGAGCUGAGGCUUUCGACGGCGAGUAUGACGAUACAAACGCCCCCACGCGAUUCAAACCGCCUCUGUACCUUAAGUGCGGCCCGCUCUUGAGAUACUGCGGCACUCGUCGCGAGAGGUUUCCCGCACGAACCCCUCGCGGCGAUAGUGUCAUGUCUGAACGAGAGACUUGGAGAGGCAGCGUCAUGAUCGUCACCAAAGACUCCGAGUCGUCCUACGAGAUCGCUCCGAUGCUUCGUCUCUUUGUCCAAAACGUGGCUCUACUGCCGCCGCCCCCUGAGCUGGUGGACGGUGAGCUGCCACCAGAGUACGUGGAUCCGAUCGCCGGCCACCCGAAACUGGGCCGAAGAGGCGAGACCUUGUACGUGCGCCCAGUGGAGCACAUAGAAGAAGCCAGAGACGUCUCGCGGGAUGAAACAGAUAAUGGCCUGUUCGAAGCGACAAGAAGCCCGCCUGAAGGGAUGCCUGCGGACGGUUCGCCGGACCUGCCUGGGUCAUUUGCCCGUCGCAUCAAGGCGGCCAACGCCGAUGGCGAGAAGAUGCAGAAGUACAAAGACGUGAGAGGCUUCCGCCUCCACAGCGAGCGAGGCUGCACCUUUUGGCGGUUCAACAUCGAAGUCGAGUUGCGUGACAAGCAGCAGCGUAUCGCGUAUCGCAUCAAUCGCGGUCCAUGCAUGGGGUUUUGGGUCCCGUGCCGAGCUCGCGCAAUGAACAUCAUGUUCUACAGCGGCAACGGCUUCGGCGCCGGCGCCAGGCCCGACGAGCUGAGCGGUCCGGACCCGAUGUGGCGGGAUGUGUUGAACACGCACCAAACGCAGCCAUUCCACGUCAUGAUUGGCGGCGGCAACCAAAUUUUCAACGAUCCUGUCGCGUAUGAGUGUGGUCUCCUCAGCGACUGGCUCGAAAUGAGGGAUCCUCUGGAGAAGGAAAGCGCGCCAUUCACAGUUGAGAUGCAAGACGAACUGGAAGCAUUCUAUCUCGAGCGCUACUGCAUGUGGUUUUCUCAGGGCCUCUAUGGGCUCGCCACCUCGCAGAUACCAAUGGUAAACAUGUACGACGACCAUGAUAUCUUGGACGGCUACGGGUCUUAUCCCCACCACGACAUGAAUGGUCCUGUUUUUUGCGGGCUGGGGUCCGUGGCCUUUAAAUACUACAUGCUCUUCCAGCAUCAAAGCUUGGUCACAGAGACGGAGAACUCUGAGCCGAGCUGGAUCCUCGGACUCCAGACUGGGCCUUACAUACAUGAGCUGAGCCGCAGCGUCUUCUUAUCCUUGGGAGGCAAGGUCGCCUUACUCGCCGUCGACUGCCGAACGGAGCGGACCGAGAAUAAUGUGAUGAGGGAGAAGACGUGGGAAAAGAUUAUGAACCGGCUAUACGCAGAGAUACGACGGGGCCAGAUUGAACAUCUUCUUGUGCUCUCCGCGCUCCCCAUUGCCUAUCCCCGGUUUGACUGGUUGGAGAACUUCUUUACCUCGAAGUUCAUGAGCCCCGUCAAGGCGUUGGGCAGAACCGGCGUCUUUGGCAAAUCACUCAAUAGCAUCGACGGUCGGGCCGAAAUGCAAGACGACGUAAACGGUCACUGGGUUGCCAGGAACCACAAACAUGAGCGCAGUAUCGUCAUGGAAGAUUUACAGGACCUGGCAAUCGACAAGUCGAUGCGCAUCACCAUCUUGAGCGGUAACGUCAGCAUGGCCGCGGUGGGCCAGUUUUACUCGAACCCGAAGUUGGGGCUUGCAAAGCACAGGGAUCCGAGAUAUAUGCCAAACAUCAUCUCGUCGGCCGUGGCCAACAUGCCGCCGUCGGACCUGCUGGCGGAUGCUCUCAGCAAGCGAAACAAGGUGCAUCAUUUCGACAAACAGACGGACGAGGACGGAGCUCGAGAGUCUCUACGAGGCUCCCGGCCGCCCGUGUCCGGCAGGAUGGGUCUGUUCCGCAGCCUUUCCCGUCGAAGCUCGACCGAUAAGCAGCGUCCCGGUAUGCUGGGCAGAACCAUGUCUCUUGGCCGUGGCGAGGCCGAGGCGAGAGGAUAUCCGGAACCCGGGCGACAUACGAGCGAGAGUCGACUUGGUGGAGACCGCGCCAACGGUCGAUGGGCCGGCAACGGUGCUUACCUGGACCAUGGGUACGCUUCACCACAUGCAGCACAUGCGUCCAAUGCGCACAACGCUGUUGCUGGGCAGGAUGAGUAUACAGUGGGCGAUGAGUCUCAGUUCACCUCUGGACCGCCGCGCCGAGCGCAAACAAUCAGCAACCAGCGCCUACCUGGCCAUAGCGAGCCGGACAUGGUGGCCAUGCCAACUUUUCACAGGACGCCGACCGGGCUGUCGGCGAAGCAGAUGCGCCAGGCCGAGAAGUACAAGGUGGACCUGGAGGAGGGACUGGAUAUCCGACUCAACGUCGAGGUUAAUGCCCAGGAUCCGGCCGGAAUCACGGUCCCGUACCGGAUACUCGUGCCGCGGCUGCAGUACGAGUAUGACCCUGCCGAGGACGACUUGGCACAGAAGGGCGGGGGGGCUGAAAUGAGCGGACUGAAGCGGCUGUUUAGCUUUAGGAAGAAGGGCGCGAGGGCCAAGUCUAAUGAUUACGAGGACGACGUGACGAGUGACGAAGACGAAGAGGAAUACCCGGUGCGAUGA